AUGGAAACAGAAUGGGCACAUUGUAAAAGCAGCGAUCCUAGAGGUUUUUAUGAUGGAGCGCGAAACUUUGUUACUAGUAUUCAUGCAAGUAAGGGGUACCCGAAGAGGAUCCAAUGCCCUUGUAGUGGCUGUAUAAACAUCUGGUCCCAUCCACCUAAUGAAGUAUUAGAUCACAUGAUCUCAAAUGGGUUAUAUGAGGGUUACAAUAACUGUACCAUUCAUGGGGAUCCGAACACUUCUGUACAACAAGAAAUGAUGGAAAACAUGGAGAAUUUAGAGACAUAUAGAAUGUACAGAGAUGCAUAUUUAGAUGAUGAAUUUAUGGAACCUGCACCUGCACCACUAGAGCCUAAUGUUGGGAAUUUAGUUUCCGAAGCAGAACUUCCUUUAUACACAGGUUGUCCUUCCACAAAGAUGUCAGCAACAAUUAUGUUUUACAAGUUUAAGGCAACAAAUAGUUUAUCUGACAGUGGCUACGAUGAACUUUUAGAGAUGGUUCGUAGUCUUCUACCUCCAGAUAACAUACUCCCUAGUUCUCUAUAUUCAACAAAAAAAUUACUCAAAGCAUUUGAUCUAGGGUAUGAGAAGAUUCAUGCUUGUGUUAAUGAUUGUUGUUUAUUUAGAAAGAGUCUAGAGCAAAUGGAGACUUGUCCUAAAUGUGGUGCCUCUCGGUGGAAAGUAAAUAAGCGCACCCAAAAGAUUGAGAAAGGAGUCCCUGCAAAGGUCUUGAGAUAUUUUCCUAUUAUCCCUAGAUUUAGAAGAAUGUUUAAGGAUUCUGAAAAGGCAGAACAGCUUACAUGGCAUCACACUCAUAAAAGUCAAGAUGGCAAGAUGCGUCAUCCAGUUGACUCACUUGUAUGGAAGAAGAUUGAUAGCAAGUGGCCUUCAUUUGCAGAAGAUCCUCGUAAUCUUAGACUUGGUCUUUCAUCCGAUGGAUUUAAUCCGUUUGGUGAUCUUAGUUCCCGAUAUAGUUGUUGGCCUGUGAUCUUGGUUGCAUAUAAUCUCUCUCCAUCGUUAUGCAUGUCCAAUGAACAUUUAAUGUUAACAUUACUAAUCCCCGGUCCUAAGCAACCGGGAAAUGACAUUGAUGUAUACUUGGAACCCCUUAUUGAAGAUUUAAAAGAGUUAUGGAUCAAUGCGAUUAUUGCAUAUGAUGCGUUCACCAAGUCUGCCUUCAACUUGAAAGCUAUAUUGAUGUGGACAAUAAACGAUUUUCCCGCUUACAGGAAUUUGUCGGGAUAUUCCACAAAGGGAAAGAAAGCGUGUCCGGUAUGUGGUGUUCAAACAUCCUCUCAAUGGCUGCCAAAUAGAAAAAAGCAUGCAUAUAUGUGCCAUAGGAGAUUUCUUGCACAUGAUCAUCCAUAUCGGCACAAUAAAACUUGGUUUAAUGGAACCAAGGAGCAUAGAGUGAGGCCUAGAAAGCUAACUGGUUCAGAGGUAUUUCAAGUGGUGAAGAAUAUUAAAAAUAAUUGGGGUAAGGAGGCUAAGCGUUGCACAAGAAAGAAAGAAAAAAAAAAGGUUGGCAGCAGUAACAGGAGAAAAAGGAGAAGAACUGAAGGUAAAAAAAGUUCAGUCAAUGAAAUGGAAGAUGACUCCAUUGACAAUUCAGAUGAUGAUAGUGAUGAUGACAGUGAGGAUCCUUUAAAGCCUUCAAAGAGAUGGAAGAAGAAAUCAAUGUUUUUUGAGUUACCAUAUUGGGAGAUAUGA